CGGUCGCUACUGGCGCGAGGAGGAGGAGGCGGCGCCGGCGGCUUCGCGCGUGCGAGCGCGGCCCCGCUCCCUCCUCCACUCUACCCCGUUGUAAGAUCGAUCCCCAGGGCAGGGCAGGGCCGGCGUAAGAUGGAGGGUUUAACGCUGAGUGAAACGGAGCAGCGCUAUUACUGCGACCUCUUCUCCUACUGCGACACGGAGAGCACCAAGAAAGUGGCGUCCAACGGGCGGGUCCUAGAGCUUUUCCGCGCCGCGCAGUUACCCAACGAGAUAGUCAUGCAGAUCAUGGAACUUUGUGGUGCAACUAGACUUGGAUACUUCGGAAGAAGCCAAUUCUACAUUGCUUUGAAACUUGUUGCAGUGGCUCAGUCUGGGUUUCCACUACGAAUGGAAAGUUUAAAUUCUGUCAAAGACCUCCCCCUACCCCGAUUUGUGAUGUCAAAGAAUGAGCAAGAGUUAAGGCAUUCAUCCUUAUAUUCUUCAGAUGCUGAUAACUCAUCUUCCUAUUCAGGUGCAAUUCCUCCUCCACCAGGCAGAAUACAAGCUAAAAAGGGCUCUGUGAGCCAUGAUAUAGUUCAGCAACGUCCAGCUACAGAUCAACAGGAGUCUACAUCUCCAGUCGUUUCACCACAGCAGUCUCCACCAACCUCUCCCCAUUCAUGGAGGAAACACAGCCGCCAUCCUAGUGGAGGAAAUAAUGAACGAUCUGUUGCUGGACCAGGGCCUUUCUGGGCGCCGUUUAAUGAAGCACAAUCAGGCUCCUGUAAUUCCGGUGAUCCAGUGUGGUCUGGCCAUUCACCUCCACCGCAUCAAGAAAACUGGGUCAGUUUUGCAGAUAAUACUCCAACCAGUACUAUUUUAACCAUGCAUCCUGCUUCUGUCCAGGACCAGACUACAGUACGAACUGUAGCAUCAGCUACAACAACAAAUGAAAUUCGUAGGCAGUCGAGUAGUUAUGAUGAUCCUUGGAAAAUAACAGAUGAACAAAGGCAAUAUUAUGUAAAUCAGUUUAAAACUAUUCAGCCUGAUCUGAAUGGAUAUAUUCCAGGUUCUGCAGCUAAAGAAUUUUUCACAAAAUCAAAGCUUCCUAUUCUUGAACUUUCACACAUCUGGGAGCUGUCAGAUUUUGAUAAAGAUGGUGCAUUAACACUGGAUGAGUUCUGUGCUGCUUUCCAUCUAGUGGUUGCUAGGAAGAAUGGUUAUGACUUGCCGGAAAAGCUACCUGAAAGUUUAAUGCCCAAGUUGAUUGAUUUGGAGGACUCAGCAGUGGUUCCUGUUUCAGAAGUGGGGGAUCAAUCUGCUGAGGUAGGUUUUGCAAGUUCCCCAGCAGAAGUACCGCCAAGCAAAUCGCCAUCAAUGCCAUCACUUAAUCAAACGUGGCCUGAACUGAAUCAAAGCAGCGAGCAGUGGGAGACAUUUAGUGAACGCUCUUCCAGCUCACAAACUCUGACCCAAUUUGAUUCUAACAUUGCACCAGCUGAUCCUGAUACUGCUAUUGUUCACCCUGUUCCUAUUCGAAUGACACCAAGCAAAAUUCAUAUGCAAGAAAUGGAACUUAAAAGAACCGGAAAUGAUGGAUCGGUGGGAAAGGACAAAAAAGCUAUUCAGGCAUCGAUUAGACGCAAUAAGGAGACCAAUACUGUUCUGGCCAGACUGAACAGUGAAUUGCAGCAACAAUUAAAGAUUAAGCAAGAAGGUUUUCAAUUUUACUGUUUUUUAGGUCAACAGCAGACUGUAGCGAUUGCUUGUCCCCCUGCAGUGCCUCCAAGACCUCCGCCUGCACAGGCUGGAAGCCACGCUCAUCGAUCAGCAGAUGCUGACGGUUUAAUAGUGCAUAACAAUACUUCACCUCACCAAAUCCCAGAACAGCCAAACUUUGCAGACUUUAGCCAUUUUGAGGUUUUUGCUGCAUCGAAUGUAAAUGAAGAUGAUGUUGAAGAAAUUGAGAAACUUCCAGAGGUUGUCCAGGUAGAAAAACCCUCUGAUACUGCAGGAUCUAUAAGAGUUGCCAAAGGAGAUGGAAGAAUAGAGGACAAAACAGUUUCUACUACCCCUGCAAACAUGGCCAAAGGCACUACACCUCUAGCACCACCACCAAAGCCUAUUCGCAGAAGGCCAAAAUCCGAAGAUGAGCUGAGACCUGAAGUUGAGGAGCAUGCACAGAAAACAGGUGUCAUAGCUGCUGUUCUUGCUUCUCAGCCAUCUAUUCCUAGGUAACCCAAGAUGUGUAUGAGUAUCUCUAAUACUGAGAUAUUUUCAUUUUAAAUAGCAAAUAGAUUUAUUAUUAAAGGGGCAUUUAAUGGUCUAUGAUAGCCCCUCCAAUUACGUUUCAUCUUUA